AUGGCGCACUUGACGUACGGUAGACUUUCGUGUAUCAUGACAAAAUAUGCCAACAAGUCAUUGGUUUCACGAGCCGGAAAACAAAUAAUACCCUUGACUGCCUGCUGUUUACAGUUUACACGGCGGCACCGGUCGAUAGAUGCUAAGGCUUUGCAUGAGCGGCAGAAGCAGCAGAUGGCUCGAGGCCUCCCCAAGCAAAAAGCCAUCACGGGUGUCCGCCAGGUGCUAGUGGUAGCUUCUGGGAAAGGCGGCGUGGGAAAGUCCACCACUGCAGUCAACUUAGCACUGGCGUUGAUGGCCAACGAACCGUCCAAGUCUGUGGGUCUGCUCGAUGCCGACGUUUACGGUCCAUCCAUUCCCAAACUGAUGAAUCUGAAGGGAAACCCGGAACUCACUGACAACAACCGGAUGCUCCCACUCAUCAACUAUGGAAUUCCUUGCAUGUCAAUGGGCUUUCUAGUGGAGGAAACGGCACCCAUCGUGUGGCGGGGCCUUAUGGUCAUGUCAGCCAUCGACAAAUUGCUCAGACAGGUCGAUUGGGGUUCUCUGGACUACCUGGUGGUCGACAUGCCUCCCGGAACGGGCGACGUACAGCUAACUAUCACGCAAAGCAUCCCGAUAGCAGGUGCUGUAAUCGUGUCCACACCUCAAGACGUUGCCCUGCUGGAUGCGCGCAGGGGAGCCGAAAUGUUCAGAAAAGUCAACGUGCCCGUUCUAGGCCUGGUGCAAAACAUGAGUGUGUUCCAAUGUCCCAAGUGUAACCACCAGACCGCCAUCUUCGGGUCGGACGGCGCACGACGGCUGGCAGAUGCGCUGGGCGUCACUUUAUUAGGUGACGUCCCGCUUACCGUCAACAUCAGAGAAAUGUCUGACGUCGGGAAACCAGUGGUCGUGUCAUCACCAGACAGCCCGGAGGCUUUAACCUACAUGACGUUGGCGAGUGCGGUCGUGCGGAGGCUUCAAGAGAUCAACACUUGA